AUGGCAGCACAGGACGAGGUUCAUACUUGGGCUUUCAUUGGCCUCGGCAACAUGGGAGGGCCUAUGGCUCUGAACUUGCACCGGAGGCUGCCCGCAAGUGAUGAGAUGCUCGUCUACGACACUGACAUCUCCGCUGCGGAGAUGGUCGUAGAAGAAGCGAGUGCGGAAGAGGUGUGCACUUCCCUCCUCGUCCACAAGGGAAGCCCGCGACCCGGUCGACUCAUCAUUGAUUGCUCGACAAUUGAUCCCGUAACUUCUCGGCGGAUUCACCGUAUCCUCGAGAGCACUGGGUUUGGGACUUUCGUCGAUGCUCCUAUGUCUGGCGGUGUUGUAGGUGCAAGGGCCGCAACACUGUCGUUCAUGGUUGGCGGCACUGAAGAUACAUUCCGUCGCGUCCAACCAAUUCUGAAUCGGAUGGGCAGAAACGUCGUCCAUUGUGGGAAGCAUGGAACCGGGCUAUCGGCGAAACUAGCAAACAAUUAUCUCUUAGCCAUCAACAAUUUGGCUACGGCGGAGGCAAUGAAUUUCGGAGUCAAAGCGGGCCUAGAUCCGCUCAUCUUGGCACGCAUCAUAAAUUCAGCAACCGGGCGCAACUGGGCUAGCGAGGUUAAUAACCCUGUUCCAGGGGUGGACAAAGCUGCUCCCGCGUCCCGUCAAUACCAAGGCGGGUUUGCCAGUGCUCUAAUGAACAAGGACCUGAAACUGGCCAUCACGGCAGCUGAGCAAGUACGAGCGCCCUUGCUGUUGUCUCAGGCUGCAUCCGAUAUAUACGGGAAGUUGGAGGGUGAUAAGCGUUACGCCGGUCUGGAUUUUUCUGCGGUGUACGACUAUUUGCAAGGGAACGAGAAAGCCAAACUGUAG